GGUCGAUUAAAACUCAAAAGACGCAUAUUGCAUCCGGGCUAUCGUGACAAUCGACGUAGUGGGCCACAAAAAUUCUUUAUAUUUAUCUCUGUAAAAAAACACUGGCUAAUAGCUGACUCCAGAAGAAUAUAUCUUCUUCAAAAAAAGGGCGAUCGUUGUCCGAAAUUUUUCAUACUCUCUAAAUAAACAGCUAUAAUGAACGAUUUGAAAGGGCAGCAAAGAAAAGUUUUGGUUCAGCGAGCUAAGAAACGCAGAGCAAAAUUAGGUAAAAGGCGAAAUAGGACUACUCAAAAUCCACUAUCUGUUGAAAAUAAUGAUAGCAUUGAUCAUAGUCAGGUGUCUAACAAUAUUGACAAGACAGCUAAUGAGGGUGAUAAUGAUGAAAAUGCUUAUUGUUCUGCUAGUGAUGAAGAUUACAUAACAGGAUCUGAUGACGAAGAGCAAGAAGAUGUGCGUGAUUACUGCAAGGGAGGUUAUCAUGUUGUCAACAUUGGAGAUCUAUUUCACGGAAGAUAUCAUGUGAUAAGAAAACUUGGCUGGGGACAUUUUUCAACUGUAUGGCUAGCAUGGGAUCUUCUUGAAAAGCGAUAUGUUGCAUUGAAGAUUGUCAAAAGUGCUUCUCAUUAUACAGAAACAGCGAUAGAUGAAAUGAAGCUGUUGAGAACAGUUCAUACUGCUUGUCCUGAUCAUGAAGGCUACCCACAUGUUGUUCAACUUCUUGAUGAUUUUAAAAUUAGUGGCAUUCAUGGAAAUCAUGUUUGCAUGGUUUUUGAAGUACUUGGACAUAAUUUACUUAAAUAUAUUAUAAAAUCAAACUAUCGAGGCAUCUCAAUUGCAAUGUGUAAAACAAUAAUUAAACAAGUUCCAGUGUAGAGGUGGAUCUUGCAGAGAAACUAAAGAUUGUAACCAGUGAGCGAGAUGCAGUUUCUUUUCUUGAUAAUCCAGACAUCCAAGUAAAGCUCGCUGAUUUAGGAAAUGCAUGUUGGGUUGAUCACCAUUUCACUGAAGAAAUUCAAACUCGUCAAUAUCGCAGUCUAGAAGUAUUGUUAGGAGCUGGAUACGGACCCCCAGCAGAUAUUUGGAGUACUGCAUGCAUGGCAUUUGAAUUAGUAACUGGAGAUUUUUUAUUUGAGCCUCAUUCUGGUGAAGAUUGGUCACGUGAUGAAGAUCAUAUAGCUUUAAUUAUGGAGUUACUUGGACGUAUUCCUCGUCAUGUUGCUCUAUCCGGAAAAUACUCAAAAGAAUUCUUCACAAGAAAAGGAGAACUCAAACAUAUCAAACGCUUAAAACCAUGGAGUCUUGAAAGUGUUCUCUGCGAAAAGUAUGAUUGGUCGACCGCUGAUGCUCGCGCUUUUGCAGAAUUUUUGGAACCAAUGAUGGAUUUUGUACCUGAAAAUCGAGCAACAGCUGCUCAAUGUCUGAUGCAUCCGUGGUUAAAUUCUUAAGUAAUUUUUAGGCGAAUGACCUGUGAUGAAUGAAUGAAUUCAGUAUGUUCUGGUGGCUAAAAGUAUAUAUUCAGUACAAAGCCAACUUGGUGGUUGUUCAUAAAGAUCUACUUUGAGUAUUUCAUAAAACGACGCUUUAAUGUCUGAUUGAAUAUAGAACAUAAUUCUAAACUUUAUUAAAAAUUGAAUCUACAAAUUAUCUACAAAGUUCACCUUUAAUAAUUUUAAGAAUUGCGAUGGAGUGUUAUAUCAGUUUAUGAUAUGUUUUUUUAAAGAAUCGAACUUAAUUUAAACCGGUGUUUUUAAAUAACUUUUUAUAUAAAUUUUAAAUAAAGUUUAAAAAAUAAUUUUUAAUAGCAUCUUACUGCUUUCAGGAGAUAUAUUAUUUUAAUAAA